AUGUCGCAACAUGAUAGAUUCAAGGAAGGAGUUGUGUGUUAUAAGAAUGGGCAGUACGACAAAGCAAUUGAACACUUUACCGAGGCCCUAUUGUCCAACGGCGACCAGUAUAAUAUAUACGAUUCUCGGGCUGCAGCUUUCGAGAAGCUGGGAGACAUAAAGGCUGCACUCCUUAAUGCGAAGAAGGUCAUUGACCUUGCUCCAGAGAGAUGGCAAGGCUAUGCGCGCUCAGCGCGCCUUUUCCAUGACCUGAAGAAAAUCCCGCACGCUGCUCGGAUGGUCCAGCUUGCCCUGGAACGUAUCAAACCCGAAGACUCGCAGCGACGCACGGAACUCGAGAGGCUGCAAGCGAGCAUAGCAGAGUCUCAAGCACGCGCUGACGCCCAACUCCGCAAAACCGCAUGUCACAUUGGCAUGCUACCAGUGGAAAUCCUGGCUGAAAUAUUCGCGCUGGAUGUCACUCCGAAUGCUGGGCGUGCCAUUACGCUGUCGCACGUUUGCAAGUUCUGGAGGCGUCUGGCUUCGGAGAACCCUACCUUAUGGCGAACUCUGGUCCUUUCUGAUCGACAGCCGGAACGCAAGCUACAGACAUGGCUUGAGCGUUCCAGCUGCAACAUCCACUCUCUGCAUCUGACCGACCGCUUGCCCCAUCAUCAGUAUGGGAGCCUAAUGGGAGCCUUAGAUAAGCUCCAGUGGGAGAGACUCCGGUCUUUCACAUUGACCUGCAGCGACGCCUGCGGCAUCGUUAUACGACUAUCUAAUGGCAAACAUAACUUUUUCUCAGACCUUGAGGAGUUUGAAGUCUCCUCCACUCGUUUUAGCGACAAGAGAUUAGAAGAGCUUCUUCCACAAUCCCUUCGUGCAUUUACUUUGAACGAAUGCCUGAUCCUGACGGGUGAUGGCGGGCUUUGGCAGCACGUUACCCGUCUUUCUAGUCUCACACUCAGGUCUAGCACGCUGGACAUUCGUGCUGUCUUGGAGGGAAACCCUUUACUUGAGAACGUAACCAUAUCCGGCGGCAUCAUACCCCAUGAAUCUAUUGUGCCCCAGCCUCUUUCUCUUGACCGUUUGUGCCAUCUUGACAUUCAAGAUUGUGGCAACAUUUCGCGCUUGCUAGACCAGCUUACUGCCCCUGCUCUCCGGACUGUCCGAUUUGUGGGCAAUCCUCUUGACAGUAGCCAUCUUCUCGCCCUCUUUCCCGACCGCCUCACCGAGCUCACCGAGUUACGCCUCGGUCGAUGCAGCCUGCAGGCGUUCGAUGUUAUCCGGAUUCUGCGUAAUUCUCCAUCACUCAUCACAUUGGAGGUCUCGACAGUGUAUGACUGUGUCAACAAGAUCUUGGACUUCCUGUCUGGCUCCUCAUCGGAAAAGUCACAAGAAUCCUUACUUCCGUGCCCAGCACUCCAACACGUCGAUGUUUCACGUUGUACAGACCUCAAGACAGGCCCAGUCAUUCGGUUUGUCAAGAGCCGCAAGGUGGUAUUGGAUGAUAGCGAAGCGGAUGAAGGUUCUUCUCUAGAUUCCCUGCGGCUGGAUGGUUGUCCGGACUUCCAAGCGGAUUGCUUGCCAUGGCUGAGGAAGCAGAUCAAGGUAGUAAGCUGUGUGUAUAUGACUAAAAAGCAAGCAAAAACUGUUAAGCGGUAG